AAAAGGGUAAACAGUGACAAGGUGCGUUACGCAGUGGCGGGUUCCACGAGCCUUCUUCUUCUUCCUACUUCUGAUUCUUUGGCUUCUCUGAAACUCUGAAACCAAGUGAAAGAGAGAGAUAGGGAGAUAGAGGGGACAAACCCCAACAUCACAAAUCUCCAUGCCUAUUUUUUAAUACUACUAUAAACAAAAAACUUACAAAACCCAUCUCUCUCUCUCUCUCUCUCUCUCGCUCUCGCUCUCUGUCUCAGAUUCGUCAAAUUCAAAACGGUUUGGUCUUCGGAUUCCUUCGCAUGGACGGUUCUGAUUCAGCACCAUCGAUCUCAACGGUCAGAUUCCCCUGCUUCCCCCCCUCUCUCCCUCACUCUCAUGCACCAAUGUCAAUUACGCGUACUCACAUACCACGUAUGUAGUGCGUGUAUCUGUCUAUGUGCUCUGCUAGGGUUUAUAUAUUUCAAUUCACACGCACAAACACGCACUUGGAUCCAGCGACUCUGAUUCACAAUGCUAAGCCAGCGUUUGUUGUGCGGGCAGGUCUGGACGCUGUGACUAUGACUCGCAUUAUCAAGCCGCGCUUUUGGCUUGGGUUUGCUUGCUAUGGGCUGCGGGGGCUCUAAGGUUGACGACCUCCCUCUGGUGGUGCUUUGCAGGGAGCGGAAGGAGCUCAUCAAAGCGGCGUCGGAUCACCGCUACGCUCUCGCCGCUGCCCACGUGUCCUACUUCCAGUCCCUCGCCAACAUCGGCGACUCGCUCCGCCGCUUCAUCGACGAGGAGUUCGUGAUCUCGUCGCCCAGUUCUCCGGUGCUCACCCUGCCCUCCGAUAAAGGAAAAAAGACUAAGAAGAGACCGAACAUUAACGACUCGUCGUCUACAACUUCGAUUUCGCUUUCGCAUUUGGUCUCGCCGACUCAAGAGGAGGAGGAGAAGGACAUUGCGGAUUCACACUUGCAUUUGUCGUCCGACUCCGACUCCGAAUUGGACUCCGAGUCGGGUCACAUUCACAUCCACAGUAGCCCCGAAGAACAGGGACAUUCUUCUUCUUAUGCUUAUCCUCCACCUACUAAUUGGGGUCCACCUCCGACGAAUUGGGGUCCACCUGAAGUGAAUUCGUACGCAUAUUACAUGAAAAGCUCCGGAACGCCGAUACAGACGGUGGUGCAGGAGGACCCGGAGAGAUAUGCGGGGGCAAACGGGCAAUGGUCUGAUUCUUCGUACGGGUAUCAGGGCUAUCCGCCUGGGUACGGUGGUUUCUUCGGUUUCCCUCCGAUGGGUUCGCCGCUAACUGAUUCCCAGAUUGAUCGGCGGCCGAGUACGCCCCCUCCUCCGCCCUCGCCGCCGAGGGUGUCCACCUGGGAUUUCCUCAACGUGUUUGAUACGGUCGAUAGUGCUGGGUAUUACCCGGGGUUUUACCCGUCACACCAACUCGGGUCGACCACGAGUAGUCCGGAUUCGAAGGAGGUGAGGGAGAGAGAGGGGAUUCCUGAUUUGGAAGAUGAAACGGAGCAAGAGGUAGUGGUGAAGGAGGUUCAGAAGGAGAAGAAGUUGAAGGAGGCUGUGAAUGUGAAUGAGGAUAAUAACAGUAAUAUUGGUGAGGGAACAUCAAGAGCUGUGCCAUUACAUGACUUGUCAAAAAAAAGAGCUGUGCCAUUACAUGGUUCAGGAAGUUCAAGCACAAUACCAUUGAGUGGUAGUGUUAGCUCGCACUCGAACUCUGGUCAAGGAAAGGAGAUUAAGAGCAGCCCUGACACAAUCGUGUCCGAAGAAGGGUCCUCGAGGAAGAAAGGGGUGAGUUUUGGGGUCGACGAGGCAUCUCCAAUGGAUGUCAGAUCGUCCAAGCCGAGUGGCUUGACCACAUUGUCGGCCCACCAUGGUAAGAGGGACCUUCAGGAGGUUGUGAUGGAAAUCAGGGAUGAAUUUGAGGUUGCCUCUGGUUAUGGGAAAGAGGUUGCCCUGUUGCUUGAGGUGGGCAAGUUGCCUUAUCAGCCUAGAGGCACAUCAUUCAAAGUGAUCUUUUCCAGGAUCCGGUAUCUGGUUGCACCUUCCAGGUUUUCUUCACACCCUCCGUCGAGGCUGUCAGUAAAAUUGUCUUCUAGGACUAUGAAAAUGGCAAAAGCAUACUAUAGGGAAUCUGGUAAGGGCUUCAACAUGAAGGCCGGAAACCUUUCCUCAACCUUAGAUAAGCUUUAUGCAUGGGAGAAGAAGCUAUAUAAGGAAGUUAAGGAUGAAGAAAGGCUACGGGUCAGUUAUGAAAAAAAGUGCAAGAAACUGAAAAUUCUAGAUGACCGAGGAGCUGAGUCCAAUAAGAUUGAUGCUACUCGGGCUUCUAUAAGAAAGUCACUGACAAAAAUCAAUGUUUGUAUAAGAGCUGUUGAUGCUAUCUCAAGCAGGAUAAAUAAGUUGAGGGAUGAAGAACUGCAGCCCCAACUCACUCAAUUGAUUCAUGGGUUGAUAAGAAUGUGGAAGUCCAUGCUUAAGUGCCACCAGAAACAGUUCCAGGCUAUCAUGGAGAGCAAAGCUCGCUCUUUUAAAGUGAAUACUGGCUUCCAAAGAGAUUCAGGUUUGAAAGCUACUCUUGAACUUGAAAUGGAGCUUCUGAAUUGGUGCUCCCGGUUUAACAAUUGGAUUAACGCCCAGAAAUCUUAUGUUGAGUCCUUAAAUGGGUGGCUUUUAAGGUGCCUUGACCAAGAACAAGAAGAAACUGCUGAUGGACCUGCGCCUUUCUCCCCAGGUCGGAUUGGAGCUCCUCCAAUUUUCAUUAUUUGCAAUGACUGGUACCAGGCAAUGGUAAGAAUUUCAGAAAGAAGGGUGGGAAAUGCCUUGCAUGAAUUUGCUUUGAGCUUACACCAGUUAUGGGAACGGCAAGAUGAUGAAAAACGUCAAAGGAUAAAAGCAGAAUUGCUCUCUAAAGAUUUUGAGAAACAGCUUAGAACCUUACGUAUGGAGACGGGGAGGAUGGAGCUUGACCAUGAUGGAUCGUCAGAUAAAACAGUUAUGUCAAAGGUUCCUUCUGAAAGCGGAGUUUCACCGCUGGAUGAUUUGAAAGUGGAUUUGGAUUCAAUAAGUAAGAAAUUAUAUGAAGAGCGAGCCAAGCAUAAGGAAACUGAUAGACUGGUUCAUGAUGCAGCUUCAAAUAGAAUACAAACAGGUUUGGUUCCAAUUUUCCAGGCUUUGGAGAAGUUCACUUCGGAGGCUUUGAAAGCUCACGAGCAGGUCAGACUUCAAAACGCUGGAGGCUCUUGAGGGAAUUUGAACUUUAAUAUAUUGGCUUCAACCACACCAAUUUGGCCUUUAUGGGAGUGAGACCCACCUGUUUAUGCAUGGUGGUUGCCUGGAAAUCAUGCACAUUUAGAAUUGGUUAGAUCGUCAGAUGGUACACAAAAAAAAAAGCAGGGAAUUACAGCAGUGAAUUCUAGGCAUAGUAGGCAACUUUGACAACAUGCUGAAAAGAGGGGGUUGUGGAAGAGUAAUGCUAUAAACCACAGUUUUAUUCCAUCAUUAUCUGAUUUUGCUGACGUAACCGUGCAAAUCAAUCAUCGGAUCAUUUCUUGUUAAAGAUUGUUAAAAAAAGAAAAAAGAAAAAUCAAUAAUUGAUUGGCACUGCAUUGCUCUUCCGGAAAUGUGCAGGAAUACAAUUGUUGGUAGAAAAUGCGUUUGUGCUGUGGAUCCUUGGGGGCCCUUAAAAUGUUGAUCACUUGUUUAUUUUGAGAUUUGGUUCUGCGUAACCCCUAAAAUAGGUAGGUAGGAAUUUUGUACAGAGAUUUAUUUAUUGGUUGAUUGGUUA